UUCCUGUUACCAUAGUUACAAAAACACUGUGUCUAGAAAUUUCCGGAAAUCCAGGUUCGACAACUUGAAUUGAUAUGGUUAAGAUGGCAGGAGAAACUGAGGAUGAUAAGCGAACUCCAGAUGAAAAAAAAUUAUUUGAGCUUAUUGAAAAAGGUUCCAAUGAAGCUGUCAUUAGUCAUGUCAAAGCAACUCAAGUUAAGGUUGAUUGCUUGGACCCUAAAGGCAUGACACCUUUACAGUUGGCAGCCUUCAGGGGAAAUAAAGAGUUGUGUGAGUUCUUUCUGGCUAAUGGAGCAGAUGUGAACUCUAAUUACCAUGAAAACUCUUAUUCAGCUCUUAUGUUUGCAGCUCUUUCAGGCAAUCGCGAUGUGACAAGGUUAAUGUUAGAAGCUGGAGCCAAUGUAAACCACACUAACUCUGUGAACAGGACAGCUAGCCAAAUGGCUGCAUUUGUUGGUCAACAUCAAUGUGUGAGUGUCAUUAAUAACUAUUUCCCUAGAGAGGAGAUAGAUUACUACACUAAACCUCAAGGUUUAGAGAAAGAGCCCAAACUGCCUCCUAAUGUUGCUCCUGCCCUGUGUACACUUGUUAACUUCACCAACCUACACCCUGUGAAGAUUUCCUUGUAUCUGCAAAACCAUCCCGAGCUUUUGGAUGAGUCUGCCAAAGUUUGCAUAGUCCUGUCUCGCAUUGUUGAGAAAAACAUGAAGUCUCGUGAGAUCAAUGACAUUGUGGCCAUGAAAUGUCACUUUAUCUCAACUGUCAUCAAGCUCGCUGCAGAAGCCCGGGGCAAAGACAAAGACAAGUCUCUCAAUGGAUGGUUGAAAAGCCUAAUGAAAGGACGUGAUGAAGAUGGAUUUUUAGAAUUCCAGGAACGUUUGGUUCGUCAAGCAAUCAAAGAUUUUCCUUAUGCAACUUCUGCACUCUUGCAGCAACUAGUCAGGCAGAUUGCACCUGUUAAAAUAGGUAACACUCCAACUGCAUUGUCCAUCCUGAUCUCCUCACUGAAUGGUCAACAGUUUGCCUGGGAUGCCAGUGAGGGAUGUGACACUUGUGGAGAGGCCAAAGCUGAAGCUAAAUGUGCCAAGUGUAAAAUGGUAGUUUAUUGUAACAGAGAUUGUCAAAAGUUACACUGGGCGACACACAAGAAAUUUUGUGAGCGAUUAGCAGAACAAUAUAAACAGGAAGAGGAUCAGAGGAAACUGGGGGAAGAAGCAGAAAAACUUAGAUUGGAAGAAGAAAAACUUAGAUUGGAAGAAGAACAAUCAAAGAGAGAUGCAGAAUCUAAAACUAACUCAACAGGUCAGACAGGAGGAGAAAGUAACUCUGCCAGUGACAUCAAAGAUCAAGAUGUGAACACAGAGAAAUCAGGAGAAGACCUAGUCAAGUCAGUGGAUGGGGUUACACCAAGUGAUGGCUCCUCAGUUAAACAACUGGAGCAAGAGAUUACAGGCUCUGGGGAAAGUGUGAAUGAAAGCUGAUGUGUAAUGGGAGGAAUGUUUAUCUUUAAUGCUUAUGUGAUACUUCUUUGUAAUAUUUGUGUAGUGGAAGGUAUGCUCAACAAGUUGACAUGGACAUGUGCUGCAGAAUGUAGUAUGUUUAAACAAAGUUGGCAUGAGAAGUCUUUUACCAAAACUCAUGUUUGCUCAGGUAGUUAGUCUAAUACGUCUGUAGGUGACAUAAGUAUGAAUGAUUGCAGUUUUAAUUUUUGAUGUAGUCUCUAUGUAUAUGCAUUUGCUUACAUUGUACAAAUAAUUCUUCAUGUCAUAUGUAUUCUUUGUAUGGAUUUUAUUUAAUUAAAUAAACUAUGCAUUUGUUCAUGGCA